AUCUCGCAUGCCGAUUUUCCGAUGGUCCGUCAUCCCGACCGUGCGAUUCAUUUCACAGUCCGUCCUCGCGGGGACGCCCCGUAAGGCGAUAGGUUCUCCCAGACCACCCAUAAACGAUCUGAAAGAGAAAAAAAAAGAAAAUAAGAAUAAAAGCGCGCGUAAGGGACAGUAAACGUAGAUUCGUACGAUCUGGCGAUUGAUCCUCAGCGAUGACCAUGAACUGAUCGAGGAUAGACACGUGUAAACCGCGCCGUUUUAGAGUCGAGAGCGAUCCUCGUUACCAGUUUCGCAACUGCCGUUCGUUCAGGAUCACUUUUUUUCACGCGUAGAGAAAUUCUGUGGUCUGCUAGUGACGCGGGAAUGGGUUUGACGGACACGAGUUUCGAGGUACUUUUGACUUUGUGGUGGGUUCUCGUCGUGGGAGUUGUGUGGACCGAGGGGGUCCGCGGUCAGUGUCGCGGUGCCUUGCCCAGUCGUAGCAUCAUUCGUUAAUUGUUUUGGACGUGUCCUUCGGAAAGCGAGACAUGUCGUCGAGGGUGGUGAAGAAUCCUGCCAAGUUUGACGUCGGCGUUGAUGGCAGAGAGACCUGGUCAGGCAAAGUCGACUUCCUUUUAUCUGUUAUCGGAUUCGCCGUCGACCUUGCCAAUGUGUGGAGAUUUCCUUAUCUGUGUUAUAAAAAUGGUGGUGGUGCCUUUUUGGUUCCAUAUUGCAUAAUGCUGGUGGUAGGUGGAAUUCCCCUCUUUUAUAUGGAGCUCGCCCUAGGUCAGUUCAAUAGAAAGGGUGCGAUCACAUGCUGGGGUCGUAUAGUGCCACUUCUAAAGGGAAUCGGAUACGCAGUCGCCUUAAUUGCAUUCUACGUCGAUUUUUACUACAACGUGAUCAUUGCGUGGGCGUUGAGGUACUUCUUCGCCUCGUUCUCCAGCCUGCUGCCGUGGACCACGUGCGACAAUCCGUGGAACACGCCGCAUUGUCGUUCAUUCGACGCGAAUAUUUCUUACACGUUCGACGAUCCGUCUCUCGCGGAAUCGUUCGAUCAGAGAGAUUCCAACAACUCGUCACUGAUCGAAGAAUACCUGGACAGAACUUCGAACCAAGGCUACAACAAUACUUGGUACACGAGCGCCGCUCAAGAAUAUUUCAACCGAGCGAUUCUAGAGCUUCACAAGAGCGAAGGCUUGCACGAUCUUGGGAAAAUUAAAUGGGACAUAGCGUUAUGCUUGUUAGUGGUCUACCUCAUUUGUUACUUCUCUUUGUGGAAGGGCAUUUCUACUUCCGGAAAGGUAGUUUGGUUCACGGCUUUGUUCCCCUAUGCCGUUCUACUGAUUCUACUUAUACGGGGCGUUACGUUGCCAGGAAGCCUAGAAGGCAUACGCUACUAUCUCAAUCCGAACUUUUCCGCCAUCACUAAAGCAGAGGUAUGGGUAGAUGCCGCGACACAGGUAUUCUUCUCCCUCGGGCCGGGCUUUGGGGUGCUAUUGGCUUAUGCGAGUUACAAUAAAUAUCACAACAACGUUUACAAGGACGCAUUAUUAACCAGCCUAAUCAACAGCGCAACAUCUUUCAUUGCUGGUUUCGUGAUCUUCUCUGUGUUAGGAUACAUGGCGCGGGCAAGUGGAAAGUCCAUCCAGGACGUAGCAACCGAAGGUCCUGGUCUAGUAUUUAUCGUAUAUCCUGCUGCUAUAGCUACCAUGCCCGGCUCCAUGUUUUGGGCACUCAUCUUCUUCAUGAUGCUGCUGACUCUGGGCCUGGACAGCUCGUUUGGUGGUUCUGAAGCGAUAAUAACUGCUCUCAGCGACGAGUUUCCCAUUAUCGGGAACAAUCGAGAAAUUUUCGUCGCUUUUCUUUUCACACUGUACUUCGUCGUUGGAUUAGCUUCGUGUUCCCAGGGUGGCUUUUACUUUUUCCAUCUGUUGGAUCGUUACGCUGCCGGCUACUCGAUGCUGUUCGCAGUUUUGGCAGAAGCAAUCGCGAUCAGCUGGAUCUAUGGAACGGACCGAUUUUGCGCGGAUAUUAAAGAUAUGAUCGGCUUUUCCCCCGGAAUUUACUGGAGGGUUUGCUGGAAAUUCGUCGCGCCAAUAUUUCUCAUGUUUAUUAUCGUUUAUGGUUUAAUGGGCUACGAACCGCUGACUUAUGAGGAUUACGUGUACCCUGUCUGGGCAAACGUACUAGGCUGGCUAAUUGCGACUUCCUCAAUUGCCAUGAUACCCGGCAUUGCAAUUUACAAAAUCAUCGUCACGCCCGGCAGCUUCAUCCAGAGAUUGAAGAUUCUCACUACUCCUUGGAGGGACACGCAGCAGAAGAACGCUGACUUGUCCUCGGUAGCAAACGGCGCAGUUCAUCGCAGUUUCAUCGCAGACCAGGACUUGAACCUGCCCAACGAACAGCAAGAAUUGACCAAAGAACAGACAGAGGUGAUGAUCCAGUCCAGAGAAGGUAUUAACGGGGAUCCACCUCCGGAGCCGGUCUAGGACAGUGCGGUUGUGAUUUUGCACGGUGCACGGUUCCAAGUAUACCUUUGCUAAUAUUCCAUCAUUGGGAUUUAGUUUUAUGGAAAAGUUUUCGCGAUAAAUCGCCUAGACCUCGAACGCACUCACUUAGACUUUACGAUGCGAUCCUUACGACGAUUCUUUACUCCCUGAAUGGCGAGGAUUCGCGACGGGACCUUUGUGCCAGUGAACUCGAUUCUUUUGACAGUGAGGAAAAAGCAUUUUCUUUACGCGUCACGAUUUAUCAACAAGAAAUUGUUUAAAAAAAAGUAUUGUAACUUCUCUCCGCCGUGGACCACAACAGACUCAGGUUUUUUGAAACAACUGCUUCGCUUCAAACCUUUCUUCUACACUGAUAAUUUUUUGUCUUCUUUCCCGGAACUCUUCGACAUACCAUUCAAAACCAAUUGGACUUUUUGUGCCCCGCAUUCAUUCUUUGUUUAUUACAAUUCCAGUAGACGAAGGUUCGGACAUUCUUCUCUCAUGAAACCGUAUUGAAACUCUUUUAAACGGGAUCGUGUGUUUCUAUAUUCUUGCAAAAGAUGAGACGAAUUUAAUAACUAGCAAUAAUACAUCAUCGUUAUGAAUAUUGAAAUAGUAGCGAUAGUGUACCAACGUUAUGAAACGAACAAUUCAGGUACUGAUUUUAUUUCUUUAAGUAAGAAAUAUCCAGUCGUUUCCAUUUGAUUGUUCGAGCACUCUUACAUAGUCUGGCUUGGUCAGACGUACAUGCUGUGUAGACUAUACGCAAAUUGAACCCACCGAUCAGGUGUAAAAUGUUAUAUUACACUGUAUUAACGUUCAAAUGUUAUUGAGAUAACGAAGCCUAUCAUCGAAAAGCCUUUAUGCUUUGUCGAUUUAAUAUCUAGAAUAGAAUAGUCCUUAGACAGGCAAUACGAUGGAAAAGCAGGAAUUUUUAAUUAGCACAAUCUUUUUCCUACAACAAUUGUCUGUCUCCUUGACUCUGAGAAUCGACGACGCAAAUGGUUGAAUAGAUGUUAAGUAUUUGAAAAACUAUUAUUGUGAAGUUGUUAGAAAAUAUUCUAUGUGCAGAUAUACAUAUAUGUAUGAUAUAGUUUAUAGCUAUUGUUGUUAGAUAUAAUGGUAUGUAUGUAUGUAUAAUGAUAUAUUGAUGCGUGUGCAUAUAUCUAUACAUACAUAUAGGAUAAACCACCACCCACUAAAUGCGUCCUCGACAUAUUUCAGGUUCUCAAAAAUCACGAAAACUAUUAUGGUGUUCCGUUUAAAACGAACCAUCCUGUAUAAUUGUAUGUUAUAUUUUAUACAUCGCAUCCGAGUUGCAACCACAGCCAUAGGUAGCAGCUCGGGCCUUGUUAACGUAAUAAAUAAAUAAAUAUUCGCAAGAAUACGACAACUAUAUCAUAAGUAAAAUAACACUCUUUCGUUGCUUCGAAAUUGUAAUUAUCUCGGAUUUAUAUUAAUCAAACCUUCUGUCAUAAUAUUUCAUAAUUCUGUUUAUAAAUUUCAAUGAUGUUAAAAAUGCGUACUUGAUUCACAUUUGAAUUUUCGUUCACGGGCAUCCCACGUCGCGGAUGUACAAUCUCAUGUAUCACAUACAAUAUCAGUUUCUUUAAUAAAAAUUUCUGAAAAAUAUCAAAAUGAGAAUAUUUUAUUCCCCAGUUUUAAAUAAUCAUUAAAUUUGUUUUUAUUUAUUAGCGUUUGUUUCGUCGAGAUUGAGAAAUUACGCCAAUUUUUACGGAGGGAAAAGGAAUGGUAGUUUUGAGCCUUAAAACUAAUAAAGAACAGG